AUGCCCGAAAGCAAAGGAAAAGAAGGAAAGGCCAAGGGCAAAGGCAAAGGCAAAGAUGGAAAGGAUGGGAAGGGAAAGGAUGGAAAGGAUGGAAAGGACGAUGGCAAGCCUUAUUUGGUGGUGGACCCCGACGCCGGAGCUGGUGUUGAACUGACUGCGACAUGUUGGGGGAUGCACGUGGACGAAGUCGAGGACGAGCCCGGCCAACCGCAUCUUCAGGCGGGUUGCACCAUCACCGCCAUCGACGGAACGAGCCUGCUGGGCUUGGAGGACGAGGAUGCCGUGGUCGCCACCUUCGGUGAGAAGUUCAAGCAUGGGGCGAUCAUCGAGGUUGACCCUGCAACCUUCGACACUUUAGAGCUGCCGCCAGAUGCCACGCACUGGCCUGUGAGCUUCCAGGAGGAUCUGGACAUGCUCGCUUCGAAAUUCGCCUUGGACUGCAGCAUCUCCAAGCUUGGCUUGGAGCUGGCGGGGCCGUCGGUGGCCAUGGAGCCUGCGAAGCUGGAGCUCCGGCAGCUCCUGGAGUUCUACGCCAAUGGCCAGUCAGCCGAGCAACAGAAGCAACGGAAGGUUGACCAGGAGGCGAUCCAGAUGGCUAUUCGCCAAAACCAAGAGAGAUUGCGCCGAGAAGCAGAGGAGUAUGCCGCGUGGCAGGCGUAUGUUCAACAAAUGCAGGACACCUAUACUGCAUAUGCGAUUGCGGCUCAUCAGGCCAUGCAGCAGCAGAUGAUGCAAGUUGCAAUGCAACAGCAAGCUAUGCAGCAACAUGCCAUGGCCAUGCAGCAUCAGCAGCAGACAAUGGCGAUGCCGCAGGCUGCGCCACAGCAUGCAAUGCAGCAGCAAGCAUGGCAGCAACCAUGUGCUCCGUACGCUCAGCAACCCCAGUCGAUGUAUGGUGCAAAUGCUCAGGCAAUGUUUCAGAUGCCUGCAGAGUGGGUUCUAUAUUAUGACCAGCAAGGCCAGCCAUAUUACUACAAUGAAAGGACAGGUGAAAGCGCAUGGUCUCUUGCACCAGGAACCAACUUCAGGCAGGGUGGCCAUGCCGCAUGUGGCGGUUGUGGCUGUGGAGGGUGUGGCAUGCCGUAUGGUCAGCAACAGCCCAUGUGGGGUCAGCCGGGGUACGGUCACCCCUGGGGCUAG